GGCGUCAUUUUGCCAAAUUGGUCCCCUUUUUCGAGAAAGUUACCUGAACAGGGGUUAAAAAAAAAAAUAUAUAGCCAAAAAGCGAACGGGUGAAACUUGCGAGCUGGAACAUUUUGGUCUCUCUUAUAGUCAGGUGUACAGCGCCGUUUGGGUUAUUUUUCCCAUUUGAGCUGUACAUAACCCGUUAGGGGAGCAAGAAAGAAGGGGGGGUGAUACCUGAUCGUGCCAGCUGAUUUACCAUGCACAUAUGUACGCAUGCGCUGCGCGCGUUCAUCCUUUUACGCCGGCUCACCGCGGGAGCGAUGUAGCGCGAAGGGGCUCCUAAACAGGGCAUGCAUAAGAAGGGACUCGCCCAGGGGAGAAAAGGGAAAAGAACGGAACAAGCGUAGCACAACACAACGCAGCGUAGCACUGCGCAACACAGCGCUGUGCAACACUUGUGGCCUCCCCCACCCUCUCAGCUGCGCAAAAAUGCAGAGAGCAGGAGCAAACUUGGGGGGGCGCCAGAAGUAACAAAAGAGAAGGGGCGCGUGGGAAAUAUGCUUUUUUUAGGCCUAUGCGCGAUUUUUUUCGUUUUUUCCCCGCAAGGUGGAGGCGCAGCAAAGGUAGUAGCGCAUUGUAGCAGCGCAGCAAAGGUGGUAGCACCUCGUAGCAGCACAAGUGUAGUGUCUCCCCCCCGUGGCUGCCUCACUUUUGUGCCCAGCAUGAACGGGUGGAGGCCCAAACGGUGUAGACGAAGCAAAGUGAACGUGCUGAUAAACUCGCCCGCACAAAUAAAACUUUCCGAAAUAGAAGACGAUCGAGACAGGAGCGGGAAAUUCUGUGUUAUCGAAAUAUGUGGAAAAGCUCGAUGGGUGGAGGAGGGAAGGUACUAUGACGUGUUCAGAAUCAAGCAAGAAGAAAAUAAAAGCAUUUACCUGAACAGAGUCUUUUUUUAUAGUACGAUGGAAGGGAAGCUGCUUUUUGGUACCCCCUUUUUAGACAACGUAAGAAUCAAGGCAACCGUUAUGAAGCAUUUCCGAGGAAAUAAAAUUUACCGAUUAAAAUUUAAGCCGAAGAAAAAUUACAAAAGAUUUUAUGGGCACAGACAGGAAAUGAGUCGAAUUUACAUAAACAGGUUUGAAGUUAAUAACAAUCUCGUGGAUAGGGAAAGAAGGAAAUAUAAUUUUUUUAGAGACGAUUCUAUUUACUACGUUCUUAAUCGUAUCCACAACAUGAUUAGGCCCAGUUUGGAGCUGAAGCAUUUAAAGAGACACUUUACGGACUACUUGAACCGAUUUUGUAGCCUCAAAUUUGAAACGUUUUACAAACACAGGGGGAAUUACAAAAGGGAGAAUAUGCUUCGGAACAUUUUGAAGACGAAAAAGUUGAGCAAGCGACCCGAGGUGCAGGAAGAGGUGCGCAGGAUCGAGGAGGAAAAGGAGAGCAGGCGCCUCAACAAGUAUGACCCCCUUGCUGACUUCGACCCCGUGGCCAAUGAGUGCUUCAUACGCGAGCACUUUUACGUCUAAGCGGCGCGUUGAGCGGCGCGAACAAAGGGCAGAAGUGGCGCAAAUGGGUAGACGUGCC